GAUUCGUCUUUUGGCCCAUUCGGAUGUGGCCUCCGCGCGCGCGUUGUCCACUGACAGUUUUAUUAUUAUUAUUGUUGUUAUUAUUAUUAUUAUUAUUUGGGGCCCAAAGCUAACUCUUGCCCUUUCGAGCUGCGCGUAAUUUCGGUUUUGGUUUCGAAUCCAUAUCCAUUCGGCAUCUCGCAUUCGCGUUCGCGUUGUUUCGAGUGCAUCCACAUCCACUGCGAUUGUUGUUGUGUUCCAGUUGCCGUUUUGUGGGAGAUGGCCGAAACGAUCAGUACGGCGGCCAGUGGGAUGGAGUUGGCCCUGAAGGACCCCAGUCCGACGGUGGGUGGCGGCAUGAUCGUGGACAUGACGCCCACCACGGCGGCCCUGCUGCACCACAACGCGAUGGCGAUGCGCGGCCUGAAGGAGGCGGCCUCCUCCGCCUCGGAGUCGGAGCUGCAGGAGCCGCGCUCGCCGACGCCCACGCCCACGAAUCUCAGCACAGGCCCCCACUCGCCGCCCAUGACCUUCCGCUGCGAGCGCUGCGACAGCUUCGAGACCGGCUCGCGCGCCUCCCUGCUGCUCCACGUGGUCCAGUGCCUGGCGGGUCAGGCGGCAGCGGCAGCGGCGGCGGCGGCUGCGUCGGCGCGUCUCAAGAGCGAGGACCUGCAGGAGCCGGAGAACAUGAGCCUGGGCCACAUGGAGGGCGGCAAGGGCGACGGCCAGGCGGGCAACGGUUCCAGCUCCUCGGCCAGCUCCUCGCCGGCGGGCAACAGCGGCGGGGGAGGGGGAGGAGGCGGCGGCGGCGGCGGGAACAGCAGCUCGCGCAAGGUGUUCGAGUGCGACGUGUGCAACAUGAAGUUCUCGAACGGGGCGAACAUGCGGCGCCACAAGAUGCGGCACACGGGCGUGAAGCCCUACGAGUGCCGGGUGUGCCAGAAGCGGUUCUUCCGCAAGGACCACCUUGCGGAGCACUUCACCACGCACACCAAGACGCUGCCCUACCACUGUCCGAUCUGCAACCGCGGCUUCCAGCGCCAGAUAGCGAUGCGGGCCCACUUCCAGAAUGAGCACGUCGGCCAGCACGACCUGGUGAAGACGUGUCCGCUCUGCAGCUACCGGGCGGGCUCCAUGAAGUCGCUGCGCAUCCACUUCUUCAACCGGCACGGCAUCGACCUGGACAACCCGGGACCGGGCGGCACCUCCUCGCUGCUCCUCGCCUUGGAGUCGCAGGCUUCGGCGGCGGCAGCUGCAGCGGCGGCCAGCUAUGUGCCACCUGGACUCAGUCCCGUGCCCGUGCAGUCCCAGCAAUCCCAGCAGCAGCAGCAGCAACAGGUUGCUCCUCCGGCCAGCGACAGCGGGGAGUCGAUGCGAUCCCUGGAGAACGCCACGCCGCCGAUGCACUUCCUCACGCCGCACGUGGAGAUCUCGACGCUGGGCGAGAGCGGCAACACGGAGUUGUUCAACCUGAUUUGCGUUUGGCGUGAAUCUGCAUUGCAGGGCAACAACAAUAACAACAACAACAACAACAACUGCACCACGAACAACAAUAACAACAACAGCAGCAGCAGCGGGAGCAACAACAACAACAACUGCAACUCCAUUAGCAAUGGAAAUGCCGAGUCCAACGGCGAUAAGGUGAAAGAUCGAGCCCUGAUCAUGCAAUCUCCAGUGGAGCUGCCCAUGGAUUGCAACACCAAGGCCACGCCCAUCACAUCCAGCACCACAGCGAGCAGUCUGAGUGGCGGUCUCAAGAGCCACCAUCAGCACCCGCACCACCACCACCACCAUCACCACCACGAGAACCACAUAACGCCGUCGAUCAGUCUGAUACCCAUCAAACAGGAGCCCAUGGCUGAGGAUGUGGACAAGAAGGACCUGAUGAACGGCAGUGAUCCCAGCAGCGACACAGAACAGGCUUCCAUCAACAAUAACAAUAACAGCAGCAGCAACAACAACAACAACAGAAUCACCUCACUGAUCAAGGUCUCUCCACUGAAAUCGCUCCUGCGCGAGGAUCUCAAGCGGCGCAUCUGCGCGAAGGCCAACAACCGGAUCACCCGGAACGCCACUCCGCUGGAGAGCAACAACAACAACAACAACUCCGUGCUGUCGAACAGCUUGAGCAACGGAUCGGGACGCGGAUCGCCGGGCAUCAACGGGGUAAGCGGCGGCGGCGGCGGAGGAGGUGGACCGCCCACGCCGGCGGCGCCAAGUGCCACCAACGGGGCCAGCUCGACGCCCAUCUGCAACGGGACGAUCACGUCGACCGGGCAGGACGGGGACCUGCUGCUGAACCGCAAGCUGAUCCUCACCUGCCACUUCUGCGGCAUCGAGUUCCCCGACGAGACGCUCUACUUCCUGCACAAGGGCUGCCACUGCGAGAGCAAUCCGUGGCGGUGCAACAUCUGUGGCGAGCAGCUGAACAACGUGUACGAGUUCAACUCGCACCUGCUCAGCAAGAGCCACCAAUAGCAGCCACAGUUGGCCGGCAAGUAGGAGGAGGCGAGUAGGAGCUUGCCGGCUCGGGAUCUGCAACCGGACCAGGUCCACAAUAUUUACUUAGCUCAAUUUUGAGAGAUUUUCCACAACCAGGCACACAGUUAAGCUCAGAGCAAAUUAUACACUUACCAUCUAGUUCUACGUUUACACUUACGUCUACGUUACAGAUACAGAUAUAGUUAUAGUUAGUUAGAGAUAACUCAUCAUAUUUUUAUGAUCUGCAUGCAGAGAGUAUGAAAAUCAAAUGAGAGCUACGUAGUUACCUAAUCCCUUAAAGAGUCGAACAGAUUGCAGAAUCAAAAACGGAUGGCAUAUAUGCAAACAUAUUAUAUACAUAUACCCUCCCCGGAAAGCAACCAACCCUGUUAUGUAGUCUUAUUAUGCGAAUGCGUUAGGUUUUGUAGUUUAGUCCUUAAGUACUUGGCAAUAAUUUCCAGCCGGUUCAACCGGCCAGCAACACUUGCGUCAACGCGGGUCCGCUUAAGUCGGUUUUAGUGCAUUAUAUUAUUAUAUACAUAUAGCUAAGGCUCGCCUCAAAGGUGGCAGUUUAUCGUUUUAAGCAUCCACACUUCACACACACUUCACUCGACACACAUAGAUACAUCCGAUACGAUAUAUAUGCCUAUACAGUUGCGGCGAAGGGCUUUAAAUUUGUUAUGUUUUCAGAGUUUAAUACGUCGGCAGCCAGUUUAAUUACGCGGAUAUAAACGAGACGCUAUAUAUCUACGAAUAUUUACAUAUAGACAGCAGGAUAUAUACGAACAUAGCCAGGUUAUAAACACCACUUUUCACACAGGAACAGAUACAGAUACAGAUACAGAUGCAGACAAACACACAGAUACAGCAACAGAUACAGCAAACAGAUACAGUUACAGAUAUAGAUUCGGAUUCAGAUAAUGAUUCUUUUAGCUUAGCAGAGGGUUAUCGAAUUAUGAAUUCAAUUAUUAUACUCGUACCUUUUACCAUAGCUCCUAGUUUGAAUAACUAAUCUAACACAAUAACGGCAACGAUCGAGGGUUUCUUCGAUUGUGGAAAACAUUUCGAAUAUUCGCACAGUGCUGCUCGUAAGUUUGCAUACAACUGGAGCAUAGGAACAUUUUUUAAACAAGCAAGACAAAAAGAAAAACAUGCAAAAAUUACAAUUGUGAUACGAAAUUGUUGUAAAUAAUUGGUAAAUCGAAACAUGAGUAACAUGAACUUUAUCGUUUAGACAAAACUAUGCCUUAGAUGCCUAUGAUAUAGCAUAACAUACAUAUACUGAUAUACUGAUAUCUACAUCUACGAUACGAUACGAGCGAUCACUGUACAAACAACCAACUGGACGAGAAACUGUUGAUUAGUAUAGUUAACUUUAGUGUAAAUCAAAAUUUGAGAAAGAAACCCCAGUCCUUCCCAAACCCUCCAACCCCCACUGCCCCCCUCCGAUUCCCGUCCCGAAAUCCGAACCCCUUUUGCUGACGUCACGGGUUGUAUGCAGCCAGCAAGGCGCCACUGUGCGCAAAAUUUUACUUCAAAUUAACAUCCGUCCAUGAUGUUCACAGUUCUAGCGAAAAUAACACUUAACACUUAUCCAUAAUGCUUUCGUAUGUAAAAACAAAGGUGAGGAGGACUCGAAGCCAACCAACCACAUUGUUUAGUUCCCAUCUUCUACUGUUAUUUGAUCUGUACUUUUAGCUAGCCUUAAUACUUAGUCGAAGGUUUUUGUUAAUCAUUUUUUGUUGUUCAUCCAUUAGCACGUUAGAAGACACCUGCAGCACUUGCACAUUAUGUACAUUACGUUCUUCCCAACUUCUUCUUAUAGCAAUAUAUAUGGCAAUGCCCCCUUACUUUGCUCUUCUCUAGCCAAUUCACAUGUGUAAAAAUGGUUUGUUGUGUUCAGUUAAUAUUUACUACUUACUACUCGGUAAUUUACCACAUAGGGCGUAUUUUGUUUUUGUUUUUAACUUUGUUGAUAAACUAGCAUCGAGUUGUUACACAAAUCAAUCCAUUUCGAAAUCAAAAGGCGUACAACGUUGAAUGUAACAAUUGAGCAAUUUUUAGCGGUCUUUCAUGUUAAAUUUUAAUAGAAUUAAAUCGAUAACAGAACAUUUAAAACAAAAUGGAAACACCAAAUGGAUUAAGAACAGAAACAAAACAUUUACUUAAUUAGUGAUUAUAAUUCUAGCUACAAACAAAAAAGGCAUGUUAAUUUUUUAGAAAUAAAAAUGGUU